AUGGAGCGACUCACCCUGCCACCCUUCCGUCAGCCACCCCUUAGCCGGUCCCCCGAGCCAAACCUCGUACCAGACAAGAGCUGGAGCAGGUCAUCCAUCUCUGACCUCAGUAAUAUCCUGUCCGCACUGGGCGAUGCUGGACUAGGAAGCUGCUUCUUGCUUGAAAUUUCCGGUGCUGCUUUUGGAGCCCAGGAGGGGGCUAUAAAACCAUUUGGCUGGUCCAGAUAUCAAUCAGUGAAUGAAGAGGGCCCUAGAGCAGGCUGGGCAGAGCGAGGAGCCAGCAAGAGGAACUAUGUCUCCCUGGAGCUAGUGAACAUCCCGAGGGCAGCUGGGGUCUUCAGAGGAACUUCAAGGUUCCAAAAUGCCAACCAUCCUUUUGGCUCCUGGCUCACGCUGGGGCACACUUUGCAGGACAGCUUCUGUGUCCAGUCCCGUCCCCAACACCGGGGACCCCGGGAAGCCAGGUUUGGGGCACCCCAGUGGAGAAGCCAGCCCUUCCCCAGCACCCCCUACUCCGCCCACCCCACCAGGGAGCAGGACGUGAAGGACAGAACAGGGGUGAUGGAGGACAACCUGGGCUCCAGCCCCAGUACUUCUGCCUGUUACUGCCUGAGUGACCUUGAACAAGUUACUGUCCUCUCUGGACUUAGCUCCUCAUCCCUAAAAGGAGGCAACCCAACCACAAAGAUCCAGAAGGAGCUUUUGCAGGCCUUAAUGGCAGUGCACGUCCAAGACAGCGUGAGCCACGAAAAGGAGAAGGAAGAUAGCCUCAAAACAGGAGCCUACUUCAUGGGGCGCAUCCGUGGCCCCUCUUCACACUCAGGAUAUGGAGACAUGGUGCCCAAGACAAUUGCAGGGAAGAUCUUCGGCUCCAUCUGCUCCCUGAGUGGCGUCCUGGUCAUUGCGCUGCCAGUUCCUGUGAUUGUUUCCAACUUCAGCCGGAUUUACCACCAGAAUCAGAGAGCAGACAAACGCAGGGCACAGAAGAAGGCCCGCCUUGCCAGGAUCCGUGUGGCCAAGACAGGCAGCUCCAAUGCCUACCUGCACAGCAAGCGCAACGGGCUCCUCAACGAGGCGCUGGAGCUGACGGGCACCCCAGAAGAGGAGCACAUGGGCAAGACCACGUCACUCAUCGAGAGUCAGCACCAUCACCUGCUGCACUGCCUGGAGAAAACCACUGGGUUGUCCUAUCUUGUGGAUGAUCCCCUGUUAUCUGUACGAACCUCCACCAUCAAGAACCACGAGUUUAUCGAUGAGCAGAUGUUUGAACAGAACUGCAUGGAGAGUUCAAUGCAGAACUACCCAUCCACAAGGAGUCCCUCACUGUCCAGCCACCCAGGCCUCACCACCACCUGCUGCUCCCGUCGUAGUAAGAAGACCACACACCUGCCCAGUUCCAACCUGCCAGCCACUCGCCUGCGCAGCAUGCAGGAGCUCAGCACGCUCCACAUCCAGGGCAGCGAGCAGCCCUCCCUCACUACCAGUCGCUCCAGCCUUAAUUUGAAAGCAGACGACGGACUGAGACCAAACUGCAAAACAUCCCAGAUCACCACAGCCAUCAUCAGCAUCCCCACUCCCCCAGCGCUAACCCCAGAGGGGGAAAGUCGGCCACCCCCUGCCAGCCCAGGCCCCAAUACGAACAUUCCUUCCAUAGCCAGCAAUGUUGUCAAGGUCUCCGCCUUGUAAAACCACUGGACAAAGGGCCAGAGGGGUAGUGGGGAGUGGAGGGGGCUGGCAUGUUGGUGGGUGGCCACUGGGACCACCCCCUCCCCCUUACCCCACUGUUUCUGCCUGCCCCGUUAUACCCCUGCACUGAGACUUGUGCCUGGAAGGAAAAGGAGGCAGCAAAGGGGCACCUGAGGUCCACGCUGCUAGCGUGGACACAGCCCUGUGGCACCGCAUCUCACUGGGGCCAGAGGAAGGGAGGGAGGGAGGUGGG